AUGGCAGAACCCGGCGGUAGCAAUCAGGACAAGGCUCAGCGACCACAGAUGCCCGUUGGAGAGCCGCUCGAUCAGACUCCGCGCGCCGAGCGUCUCCGCCGUGGACUGGCCCUGCACGAGGCGGUCAUGGGCGUGGAGCCUCCCCGGCGACGACUCACUGGGCUGACUCCCGUCGCGCGCGACAAGUUUGGCGUGCCGCUGGUCAUGUCGAAUCUUCCGCAGAAGAAGGCCGGGGCGCGCAAGCGCAGAAUCCAACGGCAACAACAGCAGCAGCAGCAGCAGACGCGAAACCAGCAGCAUGAGCAGCGUCAGUCGGCUGCCUCGAUCGCGCCGUCGCAACCUUCUCCCGUUUCUUCUGCGCCGGCGCCGGCCUUUGUGGCUGGGGCAGCAGCACCAGCAAUGUCGAUGUCUUCACCUGCAACUGCUCGUGCACCAGCACAUAUGCCGGCAGCACCUGAACCUGCGCGUACACCAGCGCCUUUGUUCGCGGGGACUCAGACUCAGAAGACUCGACACGACACACCCGUUCGCAGUGACUAUGUUGGUAAUCAUGGUAACAAGAAAGUGAAAACCACCACAACCACUACCACCAGUGAUGAUACCGGCAAUGUUGUCGGGGUUCCAAACAACCCAGUUGGAGGCGCGCGAAGCGAUGAUGCGGACGGCAGAAAGACAAAGGGAAACUCUGGAAACGUGACCAAGGGACCACGACAACAACAACAACAACAACGACAACAAAGUGGCGCGGAGCAGCAACCAGGCAAACUCACGCUCAUCUCGGCCGAACAGCUGCACGACUUGCGCGCCGACCUGGUGCAGUCGGCGAGGGAGAACAGCGACCUGCGCCACGAGGUCGAGGUGUUGGAGCAGAGACUGGCGCAGACCGAGGAGGAGAGGCAGACGUACUGGGCGUGCGGGAUGGAGUGGGCGAGACGUGAGAGGGCGUUGGUCUUGGAGAUGGAGUUUUGGAGGGAGCAGGCGAGGAGUGCCGCGACGACGAUGACGACCGCCACCACCACCACCACCACGACGGAGCAUUAUCCCGACGACAUGGGCGACGUGGACAACAUGGGCGCCAUAGGUGGGCCGGUGCAGUAUGGAUUCAUUGGCGGUGGAUAUUUCGGUGAUAACGAUAAUGGCCACGGUCACGGUCACGGUCCAGCACAGCAGACAGGACUGGGGACCGAAUAUGCGUUCGACACCGACUUCGCGGCUGGAUUCGGCGCAGGUCCUGGCGCGGAUCCUUGGACUGGCUUUGACGAUGCUGGAUUCGGUGCAGGGCCCGCCACAGGCACAGACCCAGGGACGGGGACGGAAACCGGCACAGACUAUUACCUCGCCAAUGCAGCACACGACGCGGACGAGCUGGACAAGGAGCGAGAUGUCAUGUUGCGCAUGGACUGA